AUCAGAUCUGAACAUUUCAGUAAGAAAACAUAUCUCAUUGAUUUCCACUUAGUCACGCGACCAAGACAGUUCAUUUAAAAUUAUUUUGAACUCAAUACCAUUCUUAGUCAUUGAGAUAGAUCAGUAAUUACUAUGGAUUUUGAAGAAGCCGAAGAUAUUAAUGGAGUUCGUUUCGCCUGGAAUGCAUUCCCCUCUACCAAAGUUGAAGCAGCUAAGAUAGUUAUUCCAACGGGGGCAUUGUAUACUCCAUUAAAACAUCGAGAAGAUUUACCAAUUGCAGCUUAUGAUCCAAUUUUUUGUUCUAAUCAAAGUUGUAAAUCGAUUUUUAAUCCUUAUUGUACGGUAGAUCCUAAUGGGUUUUGGAGAUGUCCAUUAUGUUCUUAUCGUAAUCCAUUACCUGCUCAUUAUCAAGGGAUUACUCAAGAAACAUUACCAAUUGAAUUACAACCAACAAGUUCUACCAUUGAAUAUAUUACUGCCAGACCAGUACAAAAUCCUCCAAUUUUCUUUUUUGUUAUUGAUUUAUGUCAAGAUGAAGAUAAUUUAAAGGCAUUAAAGGAAACUUUAAUUAUUUCUUUAAGUUUAUUACCACCUAAUGCACUUAUUGGAUUAAUUACUUAUGGUACUAUGGUUCAAGUUCAUGAUUUAGGUACUGAAAAGAUUCCAAAAUCUUAUAUAUUUAGAGGUGAUAAAGAGUAUACUGAUAAACAAAUUUCUGAAAUGUUAAAUAGACCAGUUUCAAUUCAUACUCAACAACAAAUUCCAUCUCAAGGUUCGAAUUUUUCAAAUAGUUUAACUAGAUUCUUUUUACCAAUUGAAGAUGUUGAAUUUCAAUUAACUACUAUUUUAGAAAAUUUAACUAAAGAUCCUUGGCCAGUUGCUAAUGGUAAUAGACCUUUAAGAUCAACUGGAGCUGCAUUAAAUGUUGCAGCUAAUUUAUUAGGUUCAACAUUCCCAGGUUUUGGAGCUAGAAUUAUGUUAUUUAGUGCCGGACCUGGUACAUUAAGUCCAGGAUUAAUUGUUGGAAAGGAAUUAAAAGAACCAAUUAGAUCUCAUAGUGAUAUUGAUAAAGAAAAUGCUAAACAUUUUAAGAAAGCUGUUAAAUUUUAUGAUGGUAUUACUACUAAAGUUGUUAAAAAUAGUCAUACUAUAGAUGUAUUUGCUGGUUGUUAUGAUCAAAUUGGUAUGUUAGAAAUGAAAUCUUUAUGUAAUAAAACUGGUGGUACAUUAUUAUUAAGUGAUGCAUUUACUACAUCUAUUUUUAAACAAUCCUUUUUAAGAUUAUUUAAUAAAGAUAGUGAAGGUUAUUUAUUAAUGGGAUUCAAUGGAACUUUUGAUAUUAAAACUUCUAAAGAAUUAAAAGUUAGUGGAUUAAUUGGUCAUGCUUCAUCAUUAAAUGUUAAAGCUCAAAAUGUUUCUGAAAAUGAAUUAGGACUUGGAGGUAGUUCACAAUAUAAAUUAUGUAGUAUAUCUUCUCAACAUACUUAUGCAGUAUUCUUUGAUGUUGCUAAUACUCAACAAUUACCAACUAAUAGUCAAUCUUAUAUUCAAUUCAUAACUCAUUAUCAACAUUCUAGUGGAACUUAUAGAAUUAGAGUUACAACUAUUUCUAAUUUCUUAACUAGUGAUGAACAAACUUUAACAAAUUCUUUUGAUGAAGAAGCUGCAGCAGUUUUAUUAGCAAGAGUUACAUUAUAUAAAUCAGAACAAGAUGAUGGAGCUGAUGUAUUAAGAUGGGUUGAUCGUAUGUUAAUUAGAUUAUGUCAAAAGUUUGCUGAUUACAGAAAGGAUCAAGAAGAAUCAUUUAGAUUAGGUCCUCAAUUUCAAAUGUAUCCUCAAUUUAUUUAUUAUUUAAGAAGAUCUCAAUUUUUACAAGUAUUUAAUAAUUCUCCUGAUGAGACUGCUUUCUAUAGACAUGUUUUAUUAACUGAAGAUACUAAUAAUUCUUUAAUUAUGAUUCAACCAACUUUAACAUCCUUUACUUUAGAUAAAGAACCAGAACCAGUAUUAUUAGAUUCUGUAUCAAUUAAAGAUGAUGCUAUAUUAUUAUUAGAUACUUUCUUCCAUAUUUUAAUUUUCCAUGGUAAAACUAUUUCUCAAUGGAGAAAAGCAGGUUAUCAAGAUUUACCAGAAUAUGAAAAUUUGAAGACUUUAUUAGAAGAACCAAAACAAGAAGCAGCUCAAUUAUUGGUUGAUAGAUAUCCAUUACCAAGAUUUAUUGAUACUGAAGAAGGUGGAUCUCAAGCUAGAUUUUUAUAUUCUAAAUUGAAUCCUUCUAUUACUUAUAAUAGUUCUGAAUAUGCUACUAAUAGAGGGGCCAUUGUAUUAACUGAUGAUGUUUCCUUACAAGUAUUCAUGAAUCAUUUAAAGAAAUUGGUCGUUUCUGGCUCAAGUUAGAUGUGUGUCUUCCCUCCCUCCCUCUCCCAUUAAAAUUACCCUGUUUUUUAUCCUCUUUUAAUUAAUAAGUUUCUUCUAUACAUACGAAUUGUCAUUAUUAACAAGUCCACAUUCUCUUGUGUUGAUUAUAUUCAACUUUAAGAAUUAAAAUAUAUAAUACUGCUUAUAUGCACUUUGGUCUGAUUGUAGUUAGAAUAGAGUAGAGAGUAGUUCUAUUUAGAUUAUUCA